GGGGUCCGCCGUAUCAUGUGCCGGGCUGCAGGGAGAUGGGCGCCCAGCGGCCGCGUCACCGACCCGCCGACUUUCGACAUCUGAAGGCCACGCCAGGAGGGCGCGUCUGCGGCGGGAGGGGGCAGCCCCCCGAGCGGAGGAUGCCACCGCACUGUGGAUAUAAGACGGCGGCGCGCCGGGAACUGCAUCAGUCGCUCGGAUCAACCUGCCCGCUCGACCGUCCACUCCUCCCAUUCAACCAUGAAGCUGGCGAUCGUUCUCGUGUGUCUGGUGGCGGCGGCCUGUGCCGAUAAGAGCGCCCGCAUCGCCAACCAUCAGUUCCAGCUCAACGAGGACGGAUCCUACGACGCCGCGUACCAGACGACCAACGGCAUCGUCUCAGACGAGAGCGGCAUCUCCUACCCGGGUAACAUCCCCGAGUCUGGCAACUACGUGAGGACGGGCAGCUACAGCUACGAGUGGGAGGGCGUCACCUACACCGUCACCUGGCAGGCCGACGAGAAUGGCUUCUUCGCCGAGGGCGACCACCUGCCCUGAGCUCGCCCGGGCCGCCUCCGUCCGUCAGCCGUCCGUCCGUCAUCCCAUCGGUCCGCUCGUCAGCCCAUUCGUCCGUCCAAUGUCCGUGUGUCUCGUGUGUCUGUGUGGCGUCUGCUCGGUGUGGGCGAUGCCGUUUGUCCGUCUGUCUGUCCGUGUAAACUGUACCUCCCCGGUGCUGGCGGUAUGAAGCGAUGUCCCGUGAAUUAUGUGUGAAACGAAACAUCCCGACUUGAUUCCUGAGGAGUCUUUUAGAAAAAAUACACAUUCAUAAGAUAUA